AUGCCUCGACGCUCGCUGGCAACUCUCUUCGGGGUUGACCAGACUACCGAUGUCAAGCACCAUUUCGAGACAUCUUGGAUCCUACCCCCCGCCGUCCUCGCCGGUCUUCGCGGUCUGAUCUCACUGUACAUUUUCGCCUCCAUCUUCAUCUUCUGGUGCUGGUAUGGCACCCACGAUGACCCCGCCUCCAUUGGUCACUCCUUCAGCUACUUCACCUGGCUAACUUACUGGGGUACUGGCUUCUACAUGCUAUUCGCCGCCAUCCAUACAGCCUACUACGUACGAACGGGUCACUCGGUUCUCCUCGACCGCUGGCCACGGGUCUUCCGCGUGCUACACAGUCUAUUGUAUGUGACAGUCACAACCUUCCCGAUUCUCGUUACGGUUGUCUUCUGGGCUAUCCUCUUCGCUCGGCCGUGGUACAAGGAGCCAUUCACCCGCUGGCAAAAUGUACGUAUAUUUUUCGAGUUUGCCUCUAUACUUCCUUUCCAACAUAUCCCCCGCCACAUGAACAGAGCUCAUAUCACAAUCCAACCCCACCCCAACCCCGCAACACUCCUCUACUCCGCAGAUGUGGAGACAAAAAGCAAAAAAAAGGAUCGAAUACAAGGCACAUUAGCUAACCCACAUCUCCAGAUCUCCCAACACGUCCUCAACUCCGUCUACGCCCUACUGGAAAUCAUCCUCCCAGCCACAGCUCCGCACCCCUUCAUCGCGAUCCCGUUCCUACUCCUCAUACUCCUGCUGUACCUCUGCGUCGCAUACAUCACGCACGAAACCGAGGGCUGGUACCCGUACUCCUUCCUCGACGUCGGCAACCACGGGCAGAAGAGCAAUCUUGUGACGGGAUACUGUUUCGGCGUUUUGGCUGCGGUCUUGGUUUUCUUCGUCGUUUCCUGGGCGCUGAUUCAUUUGCGUCGUCGUUUGACGCGCGGUGGGAUUAAGCGGGCGAGACGGGACCCGCUGUGCGCGCACGAGGCUUUUAGCGAUGCGUGUUUUGGUGAGUCGUCCAAUGAGAGGAAGGUUGUGCCGGUCUAG